UCAUCUCUCAAUCCCAACCCUCCAUCUCUAAAACAAACGGUCCACAUCAUCUUCGCCACGUCAGCAUAUAUAAUAUUUUUAAAUUAACCAGAUCGUCGCAAAAUUAAGCCAACGUUUCUAACUUUCUUCUAUAUCUAUUCUUCCUCAUUCUACACUCUUUCCUUUUUUUUUUUUUCCAUUUUCUACUUCACCGCGCACUCAAAAUCCAAAAACAGAAAAACAGUAACAGAAAAAUGGCGUCAAGCGAAUCUAGUUCGCAGAUGAAGAUCGUAAAUGGCGACGCUGGUUACGUGCUUGAAGACGUUCCUCAUCUCUCCGAUUACGUUCCGGAUCUUCCUACGUAUCCGAAUCCGCUUCGAUCUAAUCCAGCUUACUCGGUUGUGAAGCAGUAUUUUGUACAUAUGGAUGAUACCGUUCCUCAGAAGGUUGUUGUCCACAAGGAUGGUCCGAGAGGUGUUCAUUUCCGACGUGCGGGUCCUAGACAAAAGGUAUACUUUAGAUCAGAUGAUGUUCGUGCGUGUAUUGUCACAUGUGGUGGUCUGUGUCCUGGUCUCAACACUGUCAUAAGGGAAAUUGUCUGUGGCCUUUCUUACAUGUACGGUGUCGACAAAGUCCUUGGCAUAGAUGGUGGUUAUAGAGGUUUUUAUUCGAAGAACACCAUUACUUUAACUCCUAAAGUGGUAAAUGACAUCCAUAAGCGUGGAGGGACGAUUCUUGGCACAUCCCGAGGAGGGCAUGAUACUGGCAAGAUAGUUGACAGCAUCCAGGAUCGGGGAAUUAAUCAGGUUUAUAUUAUUGGAGGAGAUGGAACACAGCGAGGAGCGGCUGUAAUUUAUGAGGAAGUUAGAAAGCGGGGUCUGAAAGUAGUAAUUGCUGGAAUUCCAAAAACCAUAGAUAACGACAUCCCGGUUAUUGACAGGUCCUUUGGUUUUGAUACCGCGGUUGAGGAGGCUCAACGUGCCAUUAAUGCAGCACAUGUUGAAGCUGAAAGUGUUGAAAAUGGCAUUGGUGUUGUAAAGCUAAUGGGUCGUUAUAGUGGUUUUAUUGCGAUGUAUGCUACUCUUGCUAGCAGAGAUGUGGACUGUUGCUUGAUUCCUGAGUCACCCUUCUUCCUUGAAGGAAAGGGGGGACUUUACGAAUUUAUAAAGAAAAGACUGAAAGAAAAUGGACAUAUGGUCAUAGUCAUAGCCGAGGGAGCAGGACAAGAUCUUCUUGCAGAAAGCAUGCAAGCCAUGGACGAGAAGGAUGCUUCUGGAAACAAACUUCUUCAAGAUGUUGGUUUAUGGAUAUCUCAUAAGAUCAAGGAUCAUUUUGUGAAGGAUAAUAAGAUGGCCAUCGUUCUUAAAUAUAUAGAUCCAACUUACAUGAUCCGAGCAAUUCCAAGCAACGCAUCGGACAGUGUCUACUGCACACUUCUUGCUCAGAGUGCAGUUCAUGGAGCAAUGGCAGGGUAUACUGGAUUCACUUCUGGACUUGUCAAUGGCAGACAUACCUAUAUUCCAUUCAACAGAAUCACCGAGAGGAUGAACAACGUAGUGAUUACUGACAGAAUGUGGGCAAGACUGCUUUCUUCAACAAACCAGCCAAGCUUUUUGAAACUCAAACAUGUUCAUGAAGUCAAGAAAGCAGAACAACCUCUGACUCCUCCGUUGUUAGAUGGAGGAAGUUGCAAUGGUGGUGGUGAGGAAGCGGAAAAGUAGAACAAAUUCCGACUCCAUUGUUAUAGAAGGGGACAGUAAAGAUAAACAAAAAUCAGGAAAACAUGCUGACAGUGACAGUUGUAUCAAGAAAUAAAAUUAGAUAAGGGCUUGUUUAUCCAAAUUUGUAUUUGGUGUUGAGUUUCUAUGAUGAUAAAGUUUUGCUGGAACCAUUCGACUUACUUUUAUAAAAUUCGGGGCGCAUCGAAAGUGUUGAAUUUA